GCAACAGAAUGCUCUGAACAAGACGACUGUGGCAACAAGUUAAUCACGCUCUCCUGUGAUUUUUUUUGUCCAUCUCUGGGAAAUACUAAAUCGAAAGAAGAAAACACAUUUGACUUAGUCAAGUAUACACAUGUGUCCUUCAAUCACCUUACUCGGGAGAAAGCAACAUCAAGGCGUGUCUAGCGAUUAUUGUCUUUACCUGCCUUGGAUGAAAAACGAAUGUCCUUUCUAUUGAAGGAGGCUAGCCGGUCACUCUGAAUGUGCAGGAUGAAAAGAUGGCACAGCUGCUUGUACCUCCAGGACCAGACAGCUUCCGGCUGUUUUGUCGUGAGUCCCUUGAUGCCAUUGAGAGGCGGAUCGCUGAGGAGAACGCCAAGAAACCCAAGGGGAAGCCCAAUGACGAUGGCGACAACGGACCCAAGCCCAGCAGUGACCUGGAGGCAGGCAAAUCACUGCCACUCAUAUACGGGGACAUUCCCAAAGGAUUGGUGUCCACACCACUGGAGGACCUGGACACCUUCUACAGCAACCAGAAAACCUUUAUAGUAUUGAACCGAGGGAAGGCCAUCUUCCGCUUCAACGCCACUCCUGCCUUGUAUGUCUUAAGCCCCUUCAACCCUCUUAGAAGAAUAUCAAUUAAGGUUUUGGUUCACUCAUUGUUCAGCAUGGUAAUCAUGUUCACCAUCCUUACCAACUGUGCGUUUAUGACCCUGAGUCAGCCCCCGGACUGGGCAAAGAAUAUAGAGUACACAUUCACUGGAAUUUAUACAUUUGAGUCUCUUAUAAAAAUAUUGGCAAGGGGCUUCUGUGUCGGGAAGUUCACCUUUCUACGAGAUCCAUGGAACUGGUUGGAUUUCUGUGUCAUUGUCAUGGCAUAUGUCACAUCGUUUGUGGACCUGGGCAACGUGUCAGCACUGAGAACGUUCAGGGUUCUCCGAGCACUGAAAACGAUAUCGGUCAUCCCAGGCCUCAAGACCAUUGUGGGAGCGCUGAUCCAGUCAGUGAAGAAACUGUCAGACGUGAUGAUCCUCACUGUAUUCUGCCUAAGUGUCUUUGCCCUAGUAGGGCUGCAGCUGUUUAUGGGCAAUUUAAGAAACAAAUGUUUAAGGAUCCGUCCUAACUCAACCAACCUCUUGAAUGAUACAUUGGACUUUAAUGGGAAGGAGUAUAAUGAUGGGGACUUUAACGAGACCGUCCCGUUCAACUGGACCAAUUACACUAAUAAUCCUGAUAAUUAUUACUACCUCCCAGGUAAAAGGGAUGCUUUGCUUUGUGGAAAUGGCAGUGGUGCUGGGCUGUGUCCAGAGGGAUUCUGGUGCGUCAAAGCGGGCCGGAACCCAGACUUCGGCUACACCAGCUUUGACACGUUCAGCUGGGCCUUCCUGUCUCUGUUCAGACUGAUGACUCAGGACUACUGGGAGAACCUCUACCAGCAGACCCUGCGGGCUGCUGGGAAGCCGUAUAUGAUCUUCUUUGUGCUGGUCAUCUUCCUGGGCUCCUUCUACCUGAUCAACCUGAUCCUGGCUGUGGUUGCCAUGGCGUACGACGAGCAGAACCAGGCCACCAUGGAAGAGGCUCAGAAGAAGGAGGAGGAGUUCCAGGCCAUGCUGGAGCAGCUGAGAAGACAGCAGGAGGAUGCACAGGCGGCGGCAACGGUGAUGGCGGCUGAGAGUGGGGAGUUCAGUGAGAGAGGGGACCUCACUGAGUCCUCCUCAGAGGCCUCCAAACUCAGCUCCAAGAGCGCCAAAGAGAGGCGCAACAGGCGCAAGAAGAGGAAGCAGAGGGAGGAGGAGAGAGAGGACAAUGACAAGUGUCACAGGUCUGAGUCCGAAAGCAGUAUGAAAAAGAGUCACUUCCGCUUCUCCAUGGAUGCCUCUAACCUGCACAACUAUGACAUGAGCUGUUCAACACCAUACCAGUCCUUCCUGAGUAUCCGCGGACCCCUGUUCUCGUCCAGACGGAACAGCCGGGCUAGCCUCUACAGCUUCCGGGACCGUGCGCGGGACAUAGGCUCGGAGAACGACUUUGCAGACGAUGAGAACAGCACUUUCGAGGACAACGACAGUCGCCGGGGCUCUCUGUUUGUCCCUCGGCGGAGCAACCGGCGCUCCAGCAACGUGAGCCAGAACAGCACGCCAUCACACGUCGUGCCUUCAGCAAAUGGGAAGAUGCACAGCUCCGUCGACUGCAACGGGGUGGUGUCCCUAGUGGGCGGGGCUUCACUCCCCAAGUCACCUGAGGGACUCCUUCUGCCAGAGGUGACAGUAGAUAAGGCCUCUACUGGUGACAAUGAAAACUCUACGGAGACAGAGUAUAGAAAGGCCCGAUAUGGAUCGUACCAGGCCUCUAUGGACUUCCUGGAAGACCCAGUUGCCAGGCAGAGGGCGCUCAGUGUAGCUAGUGUUAUAACCAACACUAUGGAAGAACUUGAAGAAUCGAGACAGAAGUGCCCUCCUUGCUGGUACAAGUUUGCCAACACCUUCCUCAUCUGGGACUGUUGUCCGAAGUGGCUGAGGAUCAAGAAAAUAGUCAAGAUGAUCGUGAUGGACCCGUUUGUAGACCUAGCUAUCACCAUAUGUAUUGUCAUGAACACAGUGUUCAUGGCUAUGGAGCAUUACCAAAUGUCUGGGGAGUUCAACACCAUGCUUUAUGUGGGAAACCUGGUGUUCACGGGUAUCUUCACAGCUGAGAUGUGUUUCAAGAUUAUUGCUUUGGAUCCGUACAUUUAUUUUCAGGAAGGCUGGAAUAUAUUUGAUGGUAUCAUUGUCAGUUUGAGCUUGAUGGAGCUUGGCUUGGCCAACGUGUCUGGAAUGUCUGUCCUCAGAUCAUUCCGAUUGCUGAGAGUAUUCAAACUGGCCAAGUCUUGGCCCACACUGAACAAGCUGAUCAAGAUCAUUGGUAACUCAGUGGGGGCCUUGGGUAAUCUCACCCUCGUACUGGCCAUCAUUGUCUUCAUCUUCGCCGUGGUGGGCAUGCAGCUUUUUGGGAAGAGCUACAGAGACUGUGUGUGUAAGAUCUCUACAGACUGCACACUGCCCCGGUGGCACAUGCAUGACUUCUUCCACUCCUUCCUGAUUGUGUUCCGGGUGCUGUGUGGGGAGUGGAUCGAGACCAUGUGGGACUGUAUGGAGGUGGCUGGUCAGAGCAUGUGUCUCAUCGUCUUCCUGAUGGUCAUGGUCAUCGGGAACCUAGUGGUCCUGAAUCUGUUCCUGGCCUUGCUGCUGAGCUCGUUCAGUGCUGAUAACCUGGCGGCCACGGAUGAUGACAGCGAGAUGAACAAUCUGACGGUGGCCAUAGACCGCAUCCACCAGGGCGUCGCCUUCGUCAAGGCCUUGGUGCGCCGCUCUUUCCAAAGCAUCUGUCUGAGGAAGAAGAAGAGGAGCCUGAACGAGGACACGACCCUGGAUGACCUCCACAAAACCAUGGGGACCAACUGGAACUCCAACCACACCACUGUGGAGAUCAUGAAAGACCCCGAUUACAUAAAGGAUGGCAAUGGCGCCACCAGUGGGUUGGGAGUGGGGGUGUGCAGCAAUGCAGCAGGGAAGUACAUAAUGAAUGACAACACUGACUAUAUGCCGUUCCUCCACAACGCCAGCCUGACCGUCACAGUGCCCAUCGCUGUGGGAGAGUCGGACCUCAACACUGAGGACUUCAGCAGCGAUUCCUCUGACAUAGAGGAAAGCAAAGAGCAGCUAUCUGAAGACCAUCCGCUGAGCUCCUCAGAGGGCAGUACAGUGGACAUUAGGCCCCCAGGAGAGGGAGAGGGCUCGGUGGGAAUGGAGCCUGAGGAGUCCAUGGAACCUGAAGGCUGCUUCACUGAUGGAUGUGUCCGCAGAUUCCAAUGCUGCCAAGUGAACGAUGAUGAGGCCAAGUGGAAGAUGUGGUGGACGUUGAGAAAAACUUGUUUCAGGAUAGUGGAGCACAACUGGUUUGAGAGCUUUAUCAUCUUCAUGAUCCUGCUCAGCAGUGGAGCGCUGGCAUUUGAGGACAUCUACAUCGAGAAGAGGAAGACCAUUAAGACGGUGUUAGAGUUUGCAGACAAAGUCUUCACCCACAUCUUCAUCCUGGAGAUGUUGCUGAAGUGGGUGGCCUAUGGAUUCGCCAAAUACUUCACCAACGCUUGGUGCUGGCUGGACUUCCUCAUUGUCGACGUGUCUCUUGUCAGUCUUGUGGCCAACGCCCUGGGCUACGCUGAGCUGAGUGCCAUCAAGUCCCUGAGGACUCUACGAGCACUGAGGCCCCUGAGAGCGCUGUCCCGCUUCGAGGGCAUGAGGGUGGUGGUCAACGCUCUGCUCGGAGCCAUCCCCUCCAUCUUCAAUGUGCUGCUGGUCUGCCUCAUCUUCUGGCUCAUCUUCAGCAUCAUGGGCGUUAACCUGUUUGCAGGGAAAUACUACCAUUGUGUCAACAUCACCACGCAGGAGCGUUUCAAAGUUAGAGAUGUAGCUAACAAGACAGAAUGUUUGGCUUUGGAAGGUGCCUACUGGAAGAAUGUCAAGAUCAACUUUGAUAACGUGGGAGCGGGCUAUCUGGCACUGUUACAAGUGGCUACAUUCAAAGGCUGGAUGGACAUCAUGUAUGCAGCUGUGGACUCUCGCAAUUUGGAAGAUCAACCCGACUAUGAAGUUAAUCUGUACAUGUAUAUGUACUUUGUGGUAUUCAUCAUAUUUGGAUCCUUCUUUACACUCAACCUCUUCAUUGGUGUCAUUAUAGACAACUUCAAUCAGCAAAAGAAAAAGUUUGGAGGUCAAGACAUCUUCAUGACAGAGGAACAGAAGAAAUACUACAAUGCUAUGAAGAAGCUUGGCUCAAAGAAACCCCAAAAGCCUAUCCCAAGGCCAGCGAACAAGUUUCAAGGAUAUGUCUUUGAUUUCAUUACAAAGCAAGCCUUCGACAUUGUCAUCAUGAUUCUCAUAUGCCUUAAUAUGGUCACCAUGAUGGUGGAGACGGACGACCAGACGGACAACAUGGAUGGAAUUCUCUAUAAGAUCAACCUGGUGUUUAUUGUCAUGUUUACCGGAGAGUGUAUUCUGAAGAUGUUCUCACUCCGCCAAUACUACUUCACCAUUGGGUGGAAUGUAUUUGACUUUAUUGUUGUUAUCCUGUCGAUAAUUGGUAUGUUUCUGUCUGAACUGAUAGAGAAGUACUUUGUUUCACCAACCUUAUUCCGAGUCAUUCGACUGGCCCGGAUUGGUCGCAUCCUUCGCCUCAUCAAGAGUGCCAAGGGAAUCCGUACACUCUUGUUUGCUUUGAUGAUGUCACUUCCUGCCUUGUUCAAUAUUGGUCUCCUGCUCUUCUUAGUGAUGUUUAUCUAUGCCAUCUUUGGCAUGUCAAACUUUGCAUACGUCAGGAAGGAGUCUGGGAUUGAUGACAUGUUCAACUUUGAGACAUUUGGCAACAGCAUGAUUUGCCUGUUCCAGAUCACCACGUCAGCUGGCUGGGACGGCCUGCUGGCACCCAUCCUAAACAAGAGAGAGCCAGACUGUGACAGCCGUAAAGAGCACCCAGGCAGCAAGUACAAGGGGGGAGACUGUGGGAAUCCCCCUGUAGCCAUUAUCUUCUUUGUGAGCUACAUCAUAAUCUGUUUUCUCAUUGUGGUCAACAUGUACAUUGCUGUCAUCCUGGAGAACUUCAGUGUGGCCACUGAGGAGAGCGCUGAGCCCCUGAGCGAGGAUGACUUUGAGAUGUUCUACGAGGUCUGGGAGAAGUUUGAUGCAAGGGCCACCCAGUUCAUGGAGUAUGAGAAGCUGUCCGACUUCGCUGAUGCCUUGGACCCCCCGCUACGCAUUUCUAAGCCCAACAAGAUCCAGUUGAUCUACAUGGAUUUGCCCAUGGUGAGUGGGGAGCGCAUCCACUGCCUGGACAUCCUGUUUGCCUUCACCAAGCGCGUCCUGGGUGAGGGCGAAGGCUUGGACAUCCUCCGUGGUCAAAUGGAGGAGCGCUUUAUGGCCUCCAACCCCUCCAAGGUGUCCUACGAACCCAUCACCACCACGCUACGCCGUAAACAAGAAGACAUGUCUGCCCUGAUAAUUCAGAGAGCUUUCAGACGAUAUCUGCUCAAACGUAUUGUUAAACGGGCCUCUGCCAUGUACAAAGAGAAGAUGCUCCUUGAUAAAGAAGUUCUCGUCAUAGACAAAUUUAACGAGAUCUCUACUUCAGACAGAACUGACAUGACAUACUCCACAGGCUCUCCCCCAUCAUAUGACAGUGUCACAAAACCAGAGAAAAACAAAUAUGAAAAAGUCAAGAGAGAGAAGGAGGUGAAGAAGAAAAAGAAGUGAAUGGAUGUUGGGAAGAUGCAACGUAGACAUUUCAUUUCGUGACAAAUUGUUUACAGCCUUUUGAAGGUGACUAAUGUGUCAAGUGGACCUUCUUCUUUGGCGUGGAUACCUAUGCCAAACUGACAACGCUUACUUGAGUCUAAAUGUAAGGUUGGCGUCUUUAAUUAGGUAGUGACUCACAUUCUUAGGCUGUCAGGUGACCCAUUGUUCAGAUCAAUAUUUCCGUGGGGACAAAAACAAAUAGCUGCCCGCCGACAGGUAGAAAAAUGUGUUAUGGGUAUUGUCCAAUCGGAAACAUUUAGUUAUGUUGUGCCCUGUAACUUCCCUUGCAGCCGGUACUACCAAGGCUGCAUCCUGUGUCUUGCAUUAUAGCUGCCAUAUGAUUUACUGACUUCUUUUUCAUACAGAAUCUUGUUUUUAAUCAUAGGUUGAUUGUGUGACUGUACUUUUUUGUAAACAGUUUUUUUUUCUUCAAAAAGAAGGGUUUCAUUUAUUGCUUUAAAGGUAGUCUUGUUCACUUUAAAUGUUCAUGCGACUUGACUACUCACAGCGAGCAUUAUUGCUGCAGUGCAGUUAGGGGGAGUGCUGCAGUUCAAUCUAAAUGUAGACCUGCAUGAAGGCACUAAAAUGUUUUUCAUACUCUGAUGAAUCGGCAACAUUAUUACAUGUUUACUCACACUAUUAUAAAUCAACAAGAACUUAUGUCUCCAGAGCAUACAGUCCAAAUACCAUUACCACCAAUGAUCAUCUACCGUCAGUUUCAGAACAAUAACAUGGGCUAUAAUGCCAAACGCUAUCUAGUAACACAUACUUAGUUUUCCUGCGUUCAUUCAUCAGAAUCUACCGUACUAUACAGAAUGAAUCUUUACAGCUGGUUCACAGAGUUGAUACCCAUAGUAUUCAUUAUCCAUCUCUUCUGUCCAGCUUGUACCUCAAUGGCUUCAAGCACAUGUCUAUACUGCCUUUUGUCUUCACAGUGGUGAAUGCUAAAAGAAAACGUCCUUGUCUUUUUAUUAUUUAUUUGUGUGCACCUUUCCUCACUUCCCAAAUAGUUUUCCAUUGUUAUUGAUGUAUCUGUAUGUACACAUUCUAUAAUAUAUUAAAUAUACAAACAUAUUUGAUAUAUUAGGUGGUAGUUUUCAUGUAUAAUGGAAUAUAUGAAGUUGUUAGUGUUAUUUAGUACAUAUAAAUGUAUAUAUUACGUUCUGCAUUCUCUGCUCUAUAUGGCAGACAGACCAGAGUAUGAUGCAUCCUGCUGAGGCUGUGAGGAGAUUGUGUUUAAGAUUUCACUCAAUGUCUAUAUAAAUACUGUAAUAUAAUAAUUUUUCUUUGUACUAUAUAACCCCUUUGUAAAUAAUUUUGCUACACAAUAUGGCUACACUGUCUGCACCAUAGUCACUAGUUCAGUUUCAGCUUCACUGCACUUUUUCAAUUCUGAAACUCCCCAUGUGAUCUCGUGAAGGGGAAGUGGACUUCUCGUUUUGAUUCUUGCCAUUUUUUUUAUCAUGUGUCAUUUGUAAACUGUGGUCACAGCUUACCUCACAUGCUUUAUCAUAAUAAAUAUCUAAGAUGGAACGUCAGGUUCGGGGAAUUCUGAAUGUGAUUGUCUCAAGGCUAGUGUGACUCUGCACACGUCUUCGAUUGUUUCCUGCGUUUGUUUACAUUUGUAUAGUUAUUCAGUUACUUUUGCCAGCUGUUCACUCUGUAUAAUAUGUCACAAGUAUCUGUAAUUAAAAUGUUAUAAAGUAUACAUUUAUAGGAGUAUAUUUCGCAUGUAAUAAAAAACAUUCAUAAUAUAAUACAUUUAUACACAAUUCAUGUUUUGAUUACAUAACAGUUAAUACAUCCCGUCUUCUACAUGCAUAAUGCUUGUAGUGAAUGAGUAAACUGCAUGCAAGAUAUUGCUAUAACCCAUCCCAUUGAAAAGCUAAAUGAAUAAAGAAAGAAUGCAUAUCUGUAAAAUAUUAAUUUAUUCCAUUGCACGUAUUUAUGUCUAUUAAUUUACAACUUUGCCAUCCAUUUACAUUUUAGUCAUCUAGCAGACGCCAUCGAUACAUGACAUCAACAUACUUUAUACAUACAUUGUUAUCCCAGUUACCAGUGUGGUUUUGCACACUAAACAAAUGUUUUCAAAGCAGUGCCCAGUGAGUUAAAUGAAUUCUUCGAAGGCCCUGGAGUUUUCCCCGUGUCAGGGAACACUUUUUUCUUGAUUAUGUGACCUGACCAGUAAAAACUAUAAAUCCAUCAUGUAGUUGCCUAUGGUGUUCCAGAAGUAAAGCCUCACAUGUCGCUAAACGGAAGUCUUUUUUUUAAGCAUUUGUAUUCAGUAUAUCCUGACCAUUACACUGCAUUUCACAACACUAAAUACAGUACGUCAUAAUAUAUUAAAGAUUUAAAACAAAUGACUUGUCCUGUUGAGAAACAAUACCCCAAGUUUAAAUACAGUAAUACAAUAAUGUACAUACACUUAAGGGAAUUGUAGACAAUUCAAGGAGUUGGUCUGAUGGUCUGAUGUGAUGUCAUCAAUCUUCCCCUUUACUUGUGCUAUGAUAUGACUUAAGGCACUAGCAUGCUUCAGUUCGGCUGGCCUAGUCAAACCCAGUUAGCCGAACUGAACGAGGGUGCUCAUAUACUACCGUUAAAAGAACUUCGCUUGAAAAACGAGAAAACAGCAGCAAUACUACUGUUUGUCCAUUUUGAGAUGCCGUAGACAGUAUACGCUUCCUCAAAAUAGUCAGAAUUAAUCUAAGAUAACUCAAGAAAUCUGUCAUUAAUUUAGACUUUUUUGAUGUAGAGAUCUUAAUCCUACAAUUGUAUAUCUAAGAUGUUUGGUGCAGUAUUUUUCAAUAUAAAAAUAGCAUGAAAAUUAGUUGUCUCGUUGAAUGACAACAAAAACUUUAUUGAAGAAUCCCUAUUGUUGACCAAUCACCGACAAAGGGGGGUAGACAUCGGCUCUGAACUUCGGCCUGCCUUCAGAUUUUUUUGUGUGUGGCUGAACAGCCAAAACAGUCUUCCACGAAGUCCAAAACGUACAAAAACGUCACAUAUGCAGAAACUCUACCGAACUGUUUCAGCUGUAAAGCAUGCCUUUACAGUACCUGGACCACCUAACGUUAUUGAGAUAAUGCCUUUUGCUAAAUAAAUCAGGUGUUAGAAUGAGGUGAAAAGGAGACUGGAGUGCCACUUUAAUCAUGGCUUGAUUUCACUGGACAUAACAUGUGCAUUGGAAUGGAUUACAGUACGUGGACUACCAAGACAAUUACACAAUGCCAAUCCAGCCAUCUAUUAUAUAGAACAAGAGCUAUAACAACCAUCAGCCAUCUCUCACAAUCACCUUCCAUCUGCAUGCAUUGGCAAUUGUUGUGGAAGUUGCUGAACCAUGUGCUGUUACCACUCCUCAUUAAUGUCACCAAAGGCACAUGAUUACUGAAUCUACUCCUGACAUGACUAACCCAAGAAACAUAAAUGCAUGUACAGUAUUACAGUAUGCAUAAAAACUGGUACUACUGUAUUGUAUGCACUUUAGUAGGAUGAUUGAGAGCUGAACCUAAAUCCCAAAGCUCUGAAUGAUCGAUAUGAGUAAGCACAAUCAUUCAUAUAUGUAGGGCAUCUUGAUUUCAUUAUUUCAUAUUUUUUUUGGUACUCUAUUCCUCUUUUUCCCCCCUGUGUACUUCAGAGGAGAAAUGUGUUUGUCCAUCGUGUGUUAUCUUCCAUCGGCAGCAUUCCAGCAAAUUUUUUGGCUAUUUACAAUCCACAUUGCUGUAUUUACACAGGAAUUUUAGGUGCCUCUUAAAACGCUUUACAGCAGUGGUGUUCAAAUUCUGGUUUCUUCCCCUAGUGAGGUCCUGGGAGAACUGCAGUGCGGACAGCCAAAAAUAAAUAACAUUUAUUUUAUUGUUUUAUUGUUUUACCCCCUUUUCUCCCCAAUUUCGAUCUUGUCUCAUCGCUGCAACUCCCCAACAGGCUAGGGAGGCGAAGGUCGAGUCAUGCGUCCUCCGAAACAUGACCCACCAAACCGCGCUUCAUAACACCCGCCCACUUAACCCGGAAGCCAGUCACACCAGUGUGUCCCAGGAAACACUGCUCAACUGACGACAGAGGUCAGCCUGCAGGCUACAAGUAGUCGCUAGAAUGCGAUGAGCCAAGAAAAGCCCCCCCUGGGCCAAACAAUACCCUAACCCGGACGACGCUGGGCCAGUGGUGCGCCGCCCUAUGGAACUCCCAAUCACGGCCUGUUGUGAUACAGACUAUUGUAACCGAUGUGAAAUGGCUAGCUAGUUAGCGGGGUGUGCGCUAAUAGCGUUUCAAUCGGUGACGUCACUCGCUCUGAGACCUUGAAGUAGUUGUUCCCCUUGCUCUGCAAGGGCCGCGGCUUUUGUGGAGGGAUGGGUAACGAUGCUUCGAGGGUGGCUGUUGUCGAUGUGUGCAGAGGGUCCCUGGUUCGAGCCCAGGUAGGGGCGAGGAGAGGGACGGAAGCUAAACUGUUACAUUGAUGCUGUUGACCCGGAACACUGGUUGCUGCGGAAAAGGAGGAGGUCAAAAGGGUGGUGAGUGUAAUCGAUGUGAAAUGGCUAGCUGGUUAGCGGUGGUGCGCACUAAUAGCAUUUCAAUCGGUGACAUCACUCGCUCUGAGACCUUGAAGUAAUUGUUCCCCUUGCUCUGCAAGGGCAGAGCUUCGAGGAUGGUGAUUGCCGAUGUGUGCAGAAGUACCCUGGUUCAAGCCCAGGUAGGGGCAAGGAGAGGGACGGAAGCUAAACUGUUACACUAGGAUGGAACUCGGGUCUGUAGUGACGCCUCAAGCAGUGCCUUAGACUGCUGCGCCACUGGGGAGACCCUUAAAUAAAAGUGUUUUAUAAAAAAAAUUGGAACAAAAGAUUAAGAGUACAGAUUAUUGUUGUGGGACUGUAUACAAAUGUUUUUGAGAAAGAUAAUUAGAAACAAAAUUAUUGAGUAAAAGUUUCAUUUUGAUAAACUAAAAUGUAAUGAAUUAAAGAUUACUUUUUCUUGUAAAAAAAAAAGCUCAACGUACAGGUUUUAAGGUUGUGUCUUUAGAUUUGUGGUGGGGUCGCGAGAAAUUCUUGCGAAUAAAAUGGUGUCCCCAGAAAUUCUUGCGAAAUAAAUGGGGUCCCCGCUGAAAAGGUUUGAAUACUACUGCUUUACAGCAUCCUGUUUCAUUUCAAAUAUAUUCCAAACAAAAUAUGAACACAAUACAAUAUUCAGCUGGAAUACAUUUUCAGGUUGAACUAUCUGUAUGCUGAUCUGUGAAUACCUUGUACCUGUCAUAGUUCAAUGCAGUCUUAGAUUUUAGUGAACAAAAUGCUGGAAAUGAAUUGGUAUUAGUAAAUUCUAAGUUACUGUUUAGUAUCAAUGGGUAUCAAGUAGUAUGAUUUUCUUCUCCUUGAAUAGCAUAACUCUUCCUCAACUCUAUGAUGUACUGUUCUUGAAUGGAAAAUGAUAAAGUUAUUUUUC